GAUAAUUUCAGUGUGUUCCCCUGACCUCAGAGAUCAUAGAGUUGCUGUGGAGGAGCAAUUGAGAAAAAAAUACCAAGCCAUGCUGCAGAAGUCUCCCGGAUAUAUUUUCAUGUUGGACGACCGGGAGUCCUGGCCGGCCUCUGCGCACAUGCCCACUGAGGCUGUUUCUGCGCACCGACUCUUUAAGAGCGCCUGGGGAAGCAGACUGCACUACAGACCGGAGGAGGCUGAGCACAGAGCCCUGCGAGAGCGAUGACACAACCAUCAGCUGUGACUGAAAGGAAAAGGAAAGCCCAGAUGAAACAUCACCGAGCCACAUCACAGAGCCACUGACCCGGCUCUAUGCUGGGCGGCAGGAGCAAGGCGCAUGCCUUUGUGCCCUACAGGUCCUUUCAUAACUUCUCUUUCAGUAGAGACUUUGUAAAACUGUAGCCAGAAUGGUACUUGGCAAAGUCAGGGGCUUGGCGAUUUACUUUGACAAUUUGAAUGAGAGCAACAUGCCGGUUUUCUCCGGCGGCGACUCGGUCUCAGGGAGGGUGGUUGUGGACGUGACGGGAGAUGUGCGAGUGAAAAGCCUGAACAUCAACGCAAGAGGAGUCGCCAAGGUCCGGUGGACAGAGUCCCGGAACGCCGGAGCCAACACCGCUUAUGCCCAAAACUACACCGAGGAGGUGGAAUACCUAAACCAUUACGACACCUUGAUAGGAGAGGAGAGAGAUGAGGACUGUCCAGAGGAAGGCCUUACUGUUCUCCAUGCAGGCUUACAUGAAUUUGCCUUCAGCUUCAACCUGCCUCAGAUGGCCCUGGCCACUUCCUUUGAAGGGAAGCAUGGUAGCGUGAGGUACUGGGUCAAAGCUGAACUGCACCGUCCGUGGCUGCUCCCAGUUAAAGUGAAGAAAGAGUUCAUUGUUUUUGAACACAUUGAUAUCAACACGCCAUUGCUGCUGGCCCCACAAGGUGGUACCAAGGAGAAGACCUUGUGCUGCUGGUUCUGCGUUUCAGGCCCAAUCUCUCUCAGCGCCAAGAUAGAGCGAAAAGGCUACACUCCAGGCGAGUCCAUCCAAAUCUUUGCUGAAGUGGAGAACGCUUCAUCCCGUGUUGUGGUGCCCAAGGCUGCGCUGUACCAGACCCAGACUUUCUUCGCCAACGGCAAGGGCAAGCAGAUCCAGCAGCUGGUGUCCAACUUACGAGGGGACUCUCUACCCCAGGGCAAGAGCCAGAGCUGGGAGGGCAAACUGCUGAAAAUACCCCCAGUAUCCCCCUCCAUCCUGGACUGUCCCGUCAUCCGAGUAGAAUAUGCCCUCGUGGUAUAUGUGGACGUUCCAGGGGGUCUGAAUUUGUCUCUGUCAUUGCCAGUGGUGAUAGGGACCAUACCUCUACAUGCCUGCUCCAGUCGGACCUCUAGUAUUAGCAGCAACUGCAGCAAUUUGAGCUGGUUGGGCUUGCCAGAGAGACCUGAGGCACCCCCGAGCUACUGUGAUCUGGCAGUAUCAGAGUCGCACAGGCAGGUUUGCCUGCAGGGCUGUGAUAGGUCUGAUGAGGAGGGAGAGGACGGGGGAUCUCUGCUAGCAUACAUCACAGAGUUCAGAUAUCUGCCACCGCCACUCUACUCAGAGGUUGACCCCUACCCCGAGCAUGUGGAGGUGUGUGGAGCUCAGGAAGUGAGGAGACCCGACAUGUGUCCAUCCCGCUGAAGACGAUCCAGGCGCCAAGAAAGCGUCCACACAUAGAACUGAAGCCGUCAUGGCUCAUGAUACAGUCAUCCUCAGCUACAAAUGACAAAGACAACAUCUCACCAGAUUAUAUAUCUUGAUGAAUAAGGGUAGAUACUAACUGACCCGGGAAUGUCAGCUGCAAGGGGAUUGGAUGACCAAGGCAUAGACUGGGCUGGGAGCCAGGCUGAAUCCAACAGCGACUGGCUAUCCUGUGCUCACGAAGAGGCAGAAUAUUCUUCUCUUAAAUAGUGCUACAACCAUUACUUGACUAUACUAUGGAGAGGGAAAGAAAAGACGUGGGGGGAAAGAAUAAAAACAUAACUCACUGUUGGACGUUUGGCCCAGUGGUCAGAAGAAUCAUCCUCCUGCCUCAAAGUGAAUUUUGCGCACACCUUUCUUACUGUUUUUCUAUUUGUGGAUUUAUACUGCAGAUUAUCACAGGCCUCUACGCUCGAUUCUGUCCACUGUAUUAUAAUGUACUCUUUUAUCAAAAUGGCACAUUUAUAACAGUAUGAAUGCUGGUGUCAGCUAACUGAUAGGCUGGGUUGAGCUUGUGACUAUUUUUUAGUAUGGCCUAAAGGUGCCACUAUUACUAACACGGCCUCAGGUGGAGAUGAAGUUGUCUCCGAAUUGGUCUUCCUGUGAGGUAUACUGAAGUCCACUAAGACGUAAAACAAAGGAGAGAUGAACGCAGCGGGAAAGAUUGAACAAGUACAGAUGGGACAUAAGAGAUUCCUCGUGUUUCAUAAAAGAAUGUGUGUGAUGCUGAUCAGAAGCUUAAUGUAAAUGAACAGCUCAACUUAUGUGCGUAUGUGUGUGUGUGUGUGUGUGUGUGGGUGUGUGGAUGUGCGUGUGCGAACAGGUUUAUAUGACCAGGUGUACACCCAGAUUGGGUAUAUUAAAAAGCACACCUCCGACCAAACAAGACAAAAUAACACAAGUCUCAUGUUGGUUCCUGAGGGUUAAACUAUAAAAAUGGCUCUUUGGCCUACAUUUUGAAAAGCUCUUUUUCUGUAGAUUUUCUAGACAUUAAGAACUACGUGCGCUCCUGAAAGCUAUGUGCACUUCUUGAAAAGAAUGGCAACCUAUAAAAGAUAAAUGUUUACUGAUUAAUAAAUCUAAUCGAGAAUGUUGUUCAAAGAUUACUUCUUCCUCCUAUAACUUCAAAAUACCAAGUGCAAUAUAUUUUUGUAUUUGAGUUUUUGCACUAGUUUUUCAUAUACUUUGUCAUUGUUAUUUCCAUUUCUGUGCAUUGCAUUAUUGUUAUGAUCUUAAUGCUGUCAUGAUCUACUUUUGAUAAAAUAAAAGUUUUAUUUUAUAAAA